AUGAAGUGUUUUAUUUAUAAUUUUUUGUGUGUUCCGUCUUUAACGAUAGAAUUUGGAGUGGCAUUUUUAACAGUAGUGUUUACGAUUUUAUCAUUGGUGAUAUUUGGGGUUAAUGCAUCCGAGUUAUCAAGUAUGAUUUCAGAGCAACUCAUUGUUUUUGUAACUAUACUCUUGUUAUUUCUUACUUGGUGCAUAGCGGUUGUAGGAGCUUCUGUGAGAUCAAGAACAAUAAUAACUUUUACAAUUGUUCUUUGGACCAUCUUCAUUAUUAUGUGGCUAGUUUUAUCGUUAUUCUUCAGAGUAAUCAAGCGAAACACCCAGUACUGUGUAGCGGACAAAACGAGAUGUGCUACGUCUAUGUGGCUUAUUGGCAAAGGAGGCGGAGAAGAUGACUCUGAAGAAUCCGGAGACGAAGACCCAGACGCCGACGAAAGUAACGAGCGAUUUAGAAGAAGACUACGGUUGAAAAAUUACUCUCCUGAACUAAGUGUUAAGACUUUUCACCCAACGAGGGCGAACGUAAUGCUGACCCCCGAUACUCUUGCUCUUGCUGCUACUCUUGCUACUAAUACCGUUGUGUCAAAUCACACGAUUAUGAUGAUCGGUGUCAACAACGGUUUUGGGUGUGAACGCCAUCAGCGGACUACGACCGAAAGUCCGCCGAGCGAUUUGAUAACGCGCCUCGUGGAGUAUCGGAAAAAUAUGACAAUGUAUCGUCAAAUCGCGGUGGCGGCGAUACAAAAGCGCAAGAAAAUAGUAAGAAAAAAGGUGCUAGAAGAUGAUGAUGAUGAUACAGCUGAUUCAGAUGACGAUGAUGUCAGUGCAGAUGAUGGGGAAGAUGAAGGAGCUAGUAGUUCCCCCGUAGACUUGUUGUUGAUGACAGUUUUUUUGCGUAAGAUUCCACUAUUUUUUUUCUGUCAACCAUUUCCAGUCAUCACACUGCAGACUGCAGCAAUGAUGGCAAUAAUGUCGUACGAUGUGUAUAAUAAUGGCGUCAUACAACAGCCACAUGUGCUACUAUGGACGGCCAAGUUGCGCGUGAAGGAAAGAAAUGGCAAGUUGCAAGAAUUUAGAGUAUUGUUAGACAAUGGAUCACAAUCUAAUUUUGUUACUCAACAUUGUAUAUCAACUCUGGGAUUGACAGUGACAAGCCGUAUUACUAAAGUAAGUGGAGUAAGUGCACUAUCUUACAGCGAAGCUGCCAUAACGUUACAAAUAAUGUCAUGUACUUCAAAUUUUAAACGAAAUUUAGAAUUUCUAGUAAUGAAAAAAAUCACCAAUGACUUGCCUACUUCAAGUAUUCCAGUACAAGGAAUUGAAUUACCAUCCGAAUUAAUUCUAGAUGACCCAGAAUACUACAAAAGUAAUACAGUUGAUAUGCUUAUUGGAUCUGGUCAACUAAAUGUAAAUGAUGACAAAAAAAGUGCUGCAAGUUACCUUUGUACAAAUUCAAAUUGUCAAGCAACAGAAACCAUCAACCAAACAGUAACUCAAUUUUGGAAAGUAGAAGAAGUUAAAACUGAUAAACCAACUACUGAUGAAGACAUCCAAUGUGAACAAAUGUAUUCAUCUACUACAUCUCUCCUUGGAGACUCAUUUCAAGAAGCGUUGAGGCGAUUCAGACAGAUUGAAAAACGUUUACAAAAGGAUGUCCCAUUACAAACCAAUUAUAAUGAUUUCAUGAAGGAAUAUUUAUCUCUUGGUCACAUGCAAAUAGUUGAAGAUACAGCAGUCUAA